ACUGGGGAAGCGUGCAGUCUGCCACAAUGUCUCUCGCACGUUUGGGAGGUGCGCUUUCGCGCGCAAAGUGCUCGUCGCGGCCGCAAUGGCAAGCAGCACGAGCCCUCUCCAACUCAGCAAUUCGCUCCGCCAAAGCUGACAAUGAGCUCAAUUCGGUCAGCAAGCACAUUACCCAGCCCAAGUCGCAGGGCGCCUCGCAGGCCAUGCUGUACGCCACCGGUAUGAGCGAGGAUGACAUGAACAAGGCCCAGGUCGGCAUCUCGUCCGUCUGGUACUCGGGCAACCCAUGCAACAUGCACUUGAUGGACCUAAACCACAAGGUCAAGGAGGGUGUGCAAAGAGCAGGAAUGCUGGGCAUGCAAUUCAACACCAUUGGUGUGAGCGACGGCAUCUCCAUGGGCACCAAAGGCAUGCGAUACUCGCUGCAGUCACGCGAGAUCAUUGCAGACUCGAUUGAGACCGUCAUGGGCGGCCAGUGGUACGAUGCGAAUAUCUCGAUUCCCGGAUGCGAUAAGAACAUGCCUGGUGUCAUCAUGGCCAUGGGCCGUGUAAACAGGCCCUCGCUCAUGGUCUACGGUGGAACCAUCCAGCCCGGUUGUGCGAAGACGCUCGAGAACCAGCAAAUCGAUAUUGUGUCCGCCUUCCAGGCCUAUGGCCAGUUCAUAACGGGCGAGAUCAACGAGGAUCAGCGAUUUGAUAUCAUCAGGCAUGCUUGCAACGGGCAGGGUGCUUGCGGAGGCAUGUACACGGCAAACACUAUGGCUACCGCGAUUGAGACUAUGGGCAUGUCGCUUCCAGGAUCGUCAUCGAAUCCUGCGAACUCGCAAGCUAAGAUGCUCGAGUGCCUAGCCGCGGGAGGUGCUAUCAAGAACUUGUUGAAAGAGGAUAUCCGACCAAGUGAUAUCCUUACCCGACAAGCUUUCGAGAACGCUAUGGUCGUCAUCAGCAUCACUGGCGGUUCGACAAAUGCCGUCCUCCAUCUUAUCGCGAUUGCAGACUCCGUCGGUCUCAAGCUCACCAUCGAAGACUUCCAGAGUGUCAGCGACCGCAUCCCACUUCUCGCAGAUCUGAAGCCGUCCGGCAAGUACGUCAUGGCCGAUAUCCAUGAUAUUGGCGGUACUCCCUCCCUGCUCAAGUUCCUGCUUAGGGAAGGUCUCCUCGAUGGCAGUCAAUUAACCGUCACCGGCAAGACGCUCAAGGAGAAUUUGGACAAGGUCAGAGAUUUCCCACCAGAGCAGAAGAUCAUUCGGCCGCUCAACGAGCCGUUGAAGACGACUGGUCAUCUGCAAAUCCUGCGCGGCAGCCUCGCUCCCGGCGGUUGCGUAGGCAAGAUCACCGGCAAAGAAGGCACACAAUUCACCGGCAAAGCGAAAUGCUACGACGCCGAAGAUCUAUUCAUCCAGGCUCUCGAACGCGGUGAGAUCAAGAAGGGCGAAAAGACAGUCGUUGUGAUUCGCUACGAGGGUCCCAAGGGUGGUCCGGGUAUGCCUGAGAUGCUGAAGCCCAGCUCUGCCAUCAUGGGCGCAGGCCUCGGCAAAGAUGUCGCGCUCAUCACAGAUGGCCGCUUCAGCGGUGGCAGCCACGGCUUCUUGAUCGGUCACAUUGUGCCGGAAGCGCAAGAAGGUGGACCUAUCGGUCUUGUACAAGAUGGCGACGAGAUCACCAUCAACUCUGACACGAACGAACUCAACAUUGGCGUCAGCGAGCAAGAGCUUGCUGAGCGGAGGAAGAGCUGGACCGCGCCGCCGCUGAAGUAUAGCAAGGGUACGCUGUUCAAGUAUGCGAGAUUUGUCAAGGACGCCAGCCAGGGCUGCGUCACUGAUUCGGCAUAAUCUUUCCUAUUUGGCUUCGACUAUUUUCGACUUUGUACGUAUAUCAUGUCACUACGCGGGUUUAGAGAAAAAGUCACGGCUCGGAGUU